AUGAAUCCACCAAAUAGCCCGUUUAAUAACUCUGGACGUUCUCCCUUUCAAACGCCACCUCCUUCAAAAUCUAUUCUUUCAUCACCUCUUUCUACUUCGGCUCGUAUUUAUUCUCAACCUUCAACACCAGCAACACCUUUAAUUCACCUAUCAUCACCUAGCAACCUUGGAUAUAAUCAUGUACCAAUGACUUCACCUAUGGUACAACGAUCCUUUCCACCAAUAAAUUCAUCAUCGGAACUCAGAUCACAUAAAAUUAGAGUAUUGAGAGAAAAUAUUAACAAUUUUUUAAUGUUUAAUAGUCAUGAGGCUGAUUUAUUUAUUCAAGAUUUUAGAAAAACAUCGGAUGCUUGGGAAAUUUUGUUUGAUUUAUUAUUGAUGGAGUUUGGAAAUCAUGAAAUUAUACAAAAACCUUCUGAACAAUUUUUAAUUGCACAACUCAUUUACCAAAAAACAAUGCACAAUUUCCAUCAAUUGAAUGAAAACCAAAUAGAGUGGGUGAGGAGAUACUUGCUCAAGGCAAUAGUUCUUUUUCACAACAAGUAUAUUGCUACACCCAUUAUUGACUAUCGUAAUAUUGUCUCGAGAUUGUGUCUAGCUCUUGCCAUGCUCACAUUGAAUUGGAUUCUAGUGUUGGAGGCAAAUUUGGAUCAAGUAGAUUUGUUUGCAGAAAUAUUCAAGCCUUUCCAAGACAAUAUCUUGUUGGAAUAUAGUAGUGGAAAUAGUAAUAGUUUAGUUGUUUAUGAUACCUCACUUUUACUUUCGCCAAGCUCUCAAAUUAUUCACGUAAAUUUGACUGAUUGCACUCUUGAUUGGUUUGCAUUCUUGUUGGAACAAAUAGAGACCACUAGCGUCUUUAGUAAUUCACAACAAGCUGAAUUGAAGAAGGAGAUGAGAAAAAUGGAGACUAAAAUAUUAGAGUAUAUUAGUACGGUGUUAUCUGAAAAUUUUCCAUCCAAUUCGGGAAAGGAAAUGGAAUUUGUGAUCAAUCUUAAAAAGAAAUCGGUCAAGGUUCUACAGGAUUGGGUUCGUUUUGGUAUCUCACCAGAAUUUAUUUUUUCAAAUAGCACACUUCUCCAAAUAUUGUUUGGAUUGGCAGAAAGAUGUGACGACCUCCUUUCUCCUUGCCUCGAAUGUAUUAAUGAUAUGCUUCAUACUACCAUUUAUUUGAGUAAUAUUCAUAUUUUGAAACAAUACAUUCACAACUCCAUUCCAAUGCUGUGUUCUAAAUAUGAAAAAUACUGUAAAACCAUUGAAGAAGAUUUCAGUAUGAAUAUUUGUAGAGAUAUUAUCAAAUUGUUCAUGGUAUUUUCUGAAAAAAUUAAUGAUUGGAUCAUUAAUUUGGAUGCUGUUGAACAGGCUGUAAAGUACAACACAGUACCGAAUGGAGGAUUACUGGAUCCAACAGCAAAACAAUUGAUAGAGGUUAUCAAUCAAUUAUCUUCAGGAUCCGACCUUAGUCUAAUCGAGCUUACUCAUCCUUUCUGGUAUCAUUUACACAAUACUGAUAUUGAUCUAAUCAAACUCGGUUUGACUAGACCAGAACUCAAGAAUAUUCCUGAGACUGUUAGAUCCCACCUAUUACAAGAGAUUACUAAAGAACUCUCUCCAUAUCACAUGUCAAUAAUGGAGAAAACCAUCAACACUGCCAUUGACAAAUCCAUUCAAACUAUUGGAUUGAUAGAUUAUGAUACAGAUGAAUCUGAAAAUUUUAGAGAUUCUAGUAAGGAAGUCUUUCUUGCUUGUUAUUAUGGACUCAGAGGAAAGGUCAUUGGAGCAUGCGAGGAAAAGCUUGUUUAUCUUUUCCAAAAACAAAGUAUUUCCAACUUGCAACAAGGAAUGGAACAACUUGCCCAACAUUUGUCCAAUAAUGAUCUAACUGAGGAAUUUAUGGAAAAGGUUGCAUGUGCCUUGAUGAGCACUCUACCAGAUCUUGCUCUUUUAGAAUCUAUCCUGUUUUCCAUGAAUUCAUUUGGUGACCUCAUGAAAAAGCAAGAAUGUGAAAACUAUUUUGCUGAACUAUUCUCACAAAUUCAAUACUUUUCUGAUAUUGUAGCUAAACUCUCACAAACUGUAUCAAACUUGAUAACUCAUCCAUUCCAUACACAAUUCACUAGAAUGAUUACAACUUUGGUAAAGAAUACUUGUGGUGGAUGCAGAAACACACAGAAUAUUCUUAUUAACUUGUCCUCUUACCUCCUAGUUCCAUUAUUUAAAGCCAUCUCAAAAACAGUUGAGGUAUUCUCAGAUAAGAUAUGUAUUAACUUUCUCAUGAAAUCCAUGAGUUCAUUCCAACAAAUUCUCAACUCUAAAGUAUACAACAAUUCGAAUAAUGUCAAAUCAGUUAUUUAUUCUUCAGUUAGUUCUUUCAACUCUCUGUGUGAAGAAGGUUCAAAGAUUUGCAGAAAUGAUACCAGCGGUAGAGCAUCAGAGUUAUUUUUCAAUUUGGUAAAGAGUGUGUAUGAAUUUAAAUUCUUGAAUCAAAUUGAGCACAGUCUAUCACAUCAAAUGUAUAGAGGUAUCAGCUUUAUAGUUUCAGCAUUACCUUCCCAACAACAAGAGCUGUUCACCCUAGUUUUUAAUACUAUUUUCGAGUCUAUUGAAUCACUUUUGAAAGAAAGGGAAGCCCUCUUGCAAUAUUCUCAAGGAAACCUCGAAGUUCUCAGCUCUGAAAAUGCUCUCAACUCUUCGAUCAGUUUGCAUUUCGAAUUGAGAAAAUUGAAAACAUUUUUGCAUGCCUUUGAUCCAUCUGCUGAUGAGCAUCUUAUUCCAAAUAUUUCACCACAUUUUGACAAGAUUUUAAGCUUGACCCUGAGAGUAUUACAUUUAUUUGUAAGAAUUAUUCCUUCCACUUGCACAGAUAUUAAUCAAUAUUUAACCAAUCAUUGGGGAACACAAGUUGAUCAACACUUGCUUUGCAACCACAUAACAGACUUGUGGAAGACAAUGAUAACCACUAUUGGAGGUUCAAACCCUCUCGCCAUUCCAUUCCUUCACAAACUUCUCCGUGUAUGCUCUCAAUUUUAUUGCUUUGGUAAAGUGUUGGAUUUGGAACAAGGUAUUGACGAAUCUCACAUUGCUGCUUACAUUCAACAAAAUUCAGUAUCUGAAAUGGUUCCAACAUUUGAAGCAAUGACAGCUCAAUUCCAAUCCUCAUUCCUCAACUCUCAACCUUAUCAUUCAAUCUUGGAACUUUUUGGAAUAAUAUUAUCCGGUAUGAGUCAAUCUCCAUUCCCAGAAACUUUCAUGUUAUACUUUGUUCCAAUCUUUGUUUUGACCUAUAAUCUGACCAAUUCAGACAUUUUCGAUAAGAGAUUAUUAUGGCUUGCCAAGAAGAAGCAAAAAUAUGAAAAGUUUUCACCAUUCCUCAUUGAUGUCUUUUCAGAGGAUGAGAAUGGAGAUUUACUAGUGUCAUUGUUUAGAUAUUUAAACUUUACCUGGAGACUUUAUCCUACCAGAUACUUGUCCAACCAAAUAUUCUAUUCAAUUUUAGAAACCAAGAUAACUCAAUUGUGUAUCAAAUAUUUUGAUUACAGAUCAGAAUAUGGUGUGUUAGACAAAUCCAAUGCUGUAGCCGCACCUGUAAAAUCAGUUUCGUAUUACAUUUCUGUCUAUUUACAUGGACUAUUGACUGAGAGGGUUAAUUUUGAAGGUGAAGAUGCCAUAGCCCUCCAACAACUCUUUACAGAGACUAUUUCAGAGCUUUACUAUUCAUUUUUGCCUCAUCUUAUUGAAAGAUCGAUUUUCUCUGAUACACCAAACUUGGCCAACAUUAACAAGAUUUUAUAUUCAUUCCAAUGCUACAACAAGAUGCAUUUAGCGGCUUGUGUUAGCAACUAUGUAGCUGGAUCGAAAUUAUUGAAUGAACUUGUAGAGAAGGGAAAACUGAGCAAGAUGGAUAUUUCCGUCUUUACUCAAGGUGUGAGCAGAGCAAACAGUCAAACAAUGAUUGCCAUCAGAAGAGUAUUUACUGAAUUUAGAGAACGAGUUGAAAAUGCCAGAUUACAACUUGAACAGGAAAAAGUUCCAGAAGAACCUUCCACACCAAAGAAAAAGUCAUCGGCCAACGAUCUUUCCUCUCCACUCAGUAUUGGCUCUCUUUUUUAA